AUGUCGUCGAUGGGAUAUACUAGCCAGAGGCGAAUCAAUGAUAACUACGACGUAGUAGGUUUCAUCAGCAGUGGCACCUAUGGCAGGGUGUACAAAGCCCGCAACAAAUCUGGGAGAGGCCACCAUCCUGUUCUUAGUCGGAACUCUGGAAAUCCUAUUGAGGCUUUCGCUAUCAAGAAGUUCAAGCCUGACAAGGAAGGAGAAUUACAGUAUACCGGCAUAUCACAGUCUGCUAUACGAGAGAUGGCUCUCUGCACAGAGCUGUCUCACGAGAAUGUCAUCUCACUUGUUGAAAUCAUUCUGGAGUCGAAAUGUAUAUUCAUGGUCUUUGAGUAUGCAGAGCACGACCUUUUGCAGAUCAUACACUGGCAUACCCAACAUCCUCGUACUCCCAUUCCGGCGCCAACGCUACGCUCCAUCAUGUAUCAGCUUCUAGAGGGACUGCUUUACCUUCAUCGUAACUGGGUCAUGCAUCGCGACCUGAAGCCUGCCAACAUCAUGGUCACAUCUGCCGGUGUUGUUAAGAUAGGUGACCUGGGCCUUGCACGACUAUUUUACAAACCACUUCAAGCCUUAUUUGGCGGGGACAAGGUCGUUGUCACUAUAUGGUAUCGCGCGCCUGAGCUCCUACUUGGAAGCCGACAUUACACACCAGCGAUCGAUACAUGGGCAGUCGGCUGCAUAUUUGCCGAGCUCCUGAGUUUGAGACCAAUUUUCAAGGGUGAGGAAGCAAAGCAAGACUCCAAGAAGACAGUGCCAUUUCAAAGAAACCAGAUGGGCAAGAUUGCUGAAGUUCUUGGUAUCCCGAGAAAGGAGAGCUGGCCACUACUUCAAGCGAUGCCUGAGUACCCUCAACUACAGACUCUGGCCGCCGGCAAUCCUGCAGUCCAACGACCAAUAGGCUUGGACAAAUGGUGGGACAAUCUCACUCGAAACAGUCAAUACUCAGCCGCAAACAUGCCAGCACCACACCGAGAUGGACUAGACAUGCUCAAAGCUCUGCUUGAGUACGAUCCAUUGAAACGACUGAGUGCUGAGCAUGCGCUUCAACAUCCAUACUUCCUUCACGAUGAAAGCAAUUUACCAGCGGCUCCUCCCAAAAAUUGCUUCGCAGGUGUCGAGCACAAGUAUCCUCCUCGGAAGGUCAGUUCCGAAGACAACGACAUUCGAACAGGCAGUCUACCAGGGACGAAGAGAAGUGGACUGCCAGAUGAUUCGUUCCUCAGACCACCGAAACGCGUCAAGGAAAUAUGA